AUGUGCCGCCAGGCGGGCUGCGGGCAGUGCGUCUCGGAGGACCACCAGGGCAUCUUCCACUCCGUCAACCUCAUAGACACGGUGUACCAGGAGGAAAAAUUAAACUUCUUCAGCAGUCUGAAACGAAUGAGAAUAAUAAAUGAGAAGCUGGUGGAUGAGAUCUCAAGACAGCCAAAUGAUACCAAUGUGGUGCUGGACAAUGAUGUGGAGAUAAUUGAGCUGGGGUUUGGAGAAAUUAUCAGAACUCUGGAAAUGAAAAAAGAGCAAUUACUAGAAGACGUUGAAAAUCAAAGAGGUAAAAAAGAGAAAGAAUUUCAGAUUUGGAAGAAAAUGAAGGAAACUCACAAGAAGACCAUUGAGAAUUUUUUGAAGGACUGUGAAAAGCUUGUUCAUGAGUGUGAUCCUCAGCGUUUCCUGGAGGUCGCCUGUGGCUUGAAUACAAGAAUGAAAACUCAGCUUGACCUGAUGAGUAUAGCAUCUAGCUGGGAAAAACCACCAGAGUAUAUGCAAAAGAAGAUGGAUAUCACAUCUGUGGUUAAUGAAAUCUUAGCUUUGGAGCUAACACCUGUUAAUGCAAGAAUUGUUAAAGAUCUGCCUUAUGACGGAAAUGAGAACUCAACAAGCAACGCUCUAUUUAAAAGUAACAUAAAGCAAUGGCUGGACCAGAAGAAUGUACCUAAUGUGUUUCUUCCUGUAGCAGGACAGGAUGAAGCAGGCGGCAGCAGGAUCUCUACUCGCUUUAUGUCAAUAUCAGAAAUGCCAGCAUUUCAAAAUAUGAGUCAUGAGGAGUUACGUUACAAAUACUACAUGGAACAACAGAAGCCAACCAGUGACUUCAAGGCACAAGCUUUACCUGCAAAUAAAAAGUAUAAAUUUGUAACUGCUGAGGCCUUGAAGGACAGGUCCUCAAGAACUCCUUUAGUGUCUUCACCUACCAAAGCCAACACCACAGAUAAAAUAAAAACAGGGUCCCUACGAAGACCCAGUGGCUUUAAUGAAAUAAACUCUGCUGGAACCAGUACUCAGAGUGUGCCAUCCACAGAUACGAACUUUUCCAAAACACGUGGUGACUUAAAAUUAUUUCAGGAGAGAAGUUCUCAGGCAGUAACCACUCCAGCACUGUCAGAAAACUCUGAAGAGUUGGUUAAAGAAAAAAUGCUGAUACAGGCAUCUGCAGUUACUGUUUCCAAUGAAAUGGAUGCAAAUUCUAGCACUUCAUCCGGCUUAAAACCAGCAGCAUCAGUUUCAGAUUCAGAAUCUCUAGAUGUUUCUUCAGAGAGACUUUCUGGUUUGCCUUUUGCUUUCACUGCUUGGAACAACUCAUUUAUUAAAGAUAGAGGCACAUUUUCCUUUAAAAAGCAAGACAGGAAAUGUGCUUUCCCUCAGUUUUAUCUAGGGAAAUGUGAUAAUGUGGAUAAAACCAAUAACCAGGAUAAACGUGGUUCUGAAACCACAGUUUGUGAUGCUUCAACCAGUCCUAACUUAGACUCAGCAGAAAGGGCAAAGCCAGAUUUUUUGUUUCCCUUUGGCAAUUCAGAAAGAGAUUGUUUUGCAGGAUCAGGAGUCAACAAUUCAUUUAAGGUUUUACCGUUAUCCUCAUUUUUUAGCCGAUCUGAUAAGCCAUCUGACAAGAAUACAUCAUCUCACACAAGAGAAAAAAGGCAUUCUGCAAAGGAAACUGCAGGAUGUGGUAAGCAGAAACCAGUGUUGGGUGAACAAAGCCCUGAUGCCUCAGAAUCCAGCACAACUGUGGCUUGCAGUACUUCAGAAACCAACACUGCAGCUGGGGUGAAUGAUGUCUCUGAGUCUACUCUUCUCACCAGUAAUUGUGCGUUUUCCUUCAAAAGUAACUUCCCAUUGCCUUCACCAGUAUUUUCAUUUGGAGCCAUUGGCAGAAAUAACUCGGAUUCGCUUACUUCCUCCUUGUUUUUUUGUGGAAGCAGAACUGUAAAACUAGAAAAGGAGAAGACCACGUCUUCUGACAAAUCACUUCUAAAUUUAGGAAAGCCUGUAUCUUCUGAGUGUGGAGAGCCUGCUUCUGGUCAUACUAAUCUAAGAUGUGAAGGUUCAUGCUUUCCUAUGAACUCAUCUAAGAAAGCUGAAAAUGCGGAAGUGCUUGGUGAUGGUAACGCUUCUUGUAGUCAGCCUUCACGUUCAGUUGUCUUUCCCGUUAAAUAUGAGAAUGCAUCUUCCACUCAGGUUACUACAGAGACAAAGCAAGAAAUAAAGGUAAAAGAUGAAGAAACUGUCACUGAAAACAACUGUUUGUGUCCUAGGAGAGGAGAUGAACCUGAGUCUGUACAGUCUGAGAACACAGUUUGUUCUGCUCCUGGCACAUGCAGUGAUCCAGCUUUAGGAGGUUCUGCACUUGCAUUAAAUGAGACAGGAGAAAUGCCAAAUGACAGCAAUUCUGAUACUGAAGAGCUAAGUCAAACAUCUGUCUCUACCGAUGCCAGCAGUGCAUCGGAGUAUUUUUCUGUUGCCGAAGACAAAAUGUCGACGAGAAGAAAAUCGGAGGCAUGA